CUUCCAACAUCAUCCUUUGAAUGCAAUCCAGUGAUUUCCAGCGCAGCCCCACAAGAGAAGGCGAGCGAAGCUGGAUGGAAACCACAGAGGGAACAUUGUUCACGUCAAGACAGAAAACUAAUCCAAUGACCGAGUGGAGGUUAUUUCUUCAGCUCUUCAUGGGGCUCGUUCUCAUCGGAACAGCAGGUGCAUCCUGUUCUUUAGAGCUGAGCCCCACCAGGGUGGUGGUGAAACAUGGAGACCCAGCCUCAGCGACCUGCAACACAUCAAACACUGACAUUGAGGGAUUAGGCUGGGAGGCUUCACAAGGUGGCAUCGGCCUCACAAYGGUUACAUCUCUAACAUGGACAGUCCAAAAUGUAACGGAGUGGGGCAUAAAUCCUAUGUGUUUUGCCCUCAAUAAGGAUGGACACCAGUGUGAUGAGAGCCUAAAACUUAUUAUUUAUACCUUUCCAGAAUCCAUCAGCCUCAGCUCCAGCAGUACAUCAGAGAUGACAGAAGGGAUAGAAUAUGACUUGGCAUGUGAUAUUUUUCACAUCGCACCAGUUAAAAAUCUCACUGUGAGGUGGUACAAAGGGGACACCGUCAUCAGUCAAACAAACUUUGAUCAGGUCACGACGGAACCGCAAAAUUUGUCACCUGUUCAUCAUUUUAUUCCGACAAGAAAUGACAGCAAUUCCACUUUAAGAUGUGAGGCACACAUGGACUUGGGACCAGAGGGACCUCUACUUUCUGUAUCUUCACAAGAGUAUUAUAUUACAGAAGUUAAGUUUGGACCUGACAUUGAGUGUUCAUCUUUUGCGUUACCGGAAAAGGAAACCUUGGAGGGAAAAUGCAGAGUGACAGGAAAUCCCAUCCCUCAUGUCGAGUGGCUGAAAGAAGGACGCCUCGUAAACGUGACCGUCCCUUUGUCAAGAAACGAUGCAGGAACAUACGUGAUUAAAGCCGAGGGAUUCGUUACAGUUGAUAAGAACAUCACAGUUGAUGUGUUAUAUGGACCAGAGUGGAUGUGUCCUMACACAUACACCACGCUAGAAAACUCUUAUCACAACCUCACAUGCUCUGUGGGCUUUCCUAAACCCAAGGAGAUCUGGUUCCGCAAUGAAGAGCAGGUGGAACUUCCUCAGAUCCUGACAAGAAGAAAUGCAGGGCAGUACCAGGUCAAGGUUUCAAAUGUCCUGUCAGUUCACAACUUCACAAUCAAUAUCAAAGUCUUAUACCCACCAUCAGAGAUUUUUGAGCUUGAUGAUGCUGAAGUGAACGCUGGUGACAGUUUGGAGCUGAAGUGCUCCUCUGUAGCUAACCCAACACCAAACUACUCCUGGAGUUACUACCGGGGAGCCAACGUGUUCGAGGAAACUGGAGCUGGAGUGUCUCGUCUGGUCAUCCACAGCGCUGCUGGGAACAACACGGGCUACUACACUUGUCGAGCCUGGACUGAGCAAGGGGACGUCUCCAAAACAGUCCGGGUCACAGUGAAAGGUGCUGGACUGGAAUGCCCCAUUGAAAUCAGUCCAAAGGAGUUGGUGUUGCAGUACCAAAGCACAACGCAGUCCGUAGAGUGCAAAUCCAAAACUGUCGAGACAAACGUUAAGGAAAUAUUCUGGACUCGAAACGGCGAUAAAAUUUCAAACACACGUUGGGUUGCUGACACUGACGGAGACUGGGACCCUCAACCCGUUUGUCAUGGAGAGUUUAUUGGUUUGGGAAACUGCUCUAAAGCUUUACACUACACUCUCUAUAAAACACCAGAAAGUGUAUCCAUCACCCUUGUGAAUAACUCCCAAACACCUGUGGAGGGCACCGAGCUGCAGCUGCAGUGUGACAUUAUCAGUGUUGCUCCUGCACAAAACCUCAACGUGUCGUGGACCUUCCACCAAGGGAACAAAACCAUCGAGCCGUUAGGUAACGCAACCUGCAGCUUCAGUCCGGAAAGGCCUGACGGAUUUCCGGUAAACGUGUCAUGCACCAUGAACAUCCCUCUGAAGUGGUUCCACAAUGGAGUUGAAGUCCAAUGUGGGACUGAGCUGAACCUGGGCCUGACGGGACGGCAGCUUCAAAACACGUCCAACAUCGUAACAGUCUCUGUGUUCUAUGAACCCAAGAUUAACAUCACAAAGCUUCCAGAGACCGUCCUGGUGUUCAAAGAUUCUCCUGAAGAGCUUGUUUGUGAGGCCGAUGGCAACCCAGUUCCAGAAAUCUACUGGGAGUACACUUCAGAAACGGCAAUCCUUAAAUCUAAAGAAACGCUCGUGGUGCAUGACGCAGGCCUCUAUACAUGCGUCGCUAAAAAUAACUAUAACACCACGAAACAAGUGGUUAAAGUUAUUUUAAUAGAGGACUACCUCCCCCUCAUUGCUGGCUUUGUGGCUGUCACAGUUGUGAUCAUCUCUGUUGUCUUCCUCUUCAUCUACUCAAUCUACUACAAGAACACGAAGAUGCGCCGCUACAGCCUUAAAAACCCCAAAUUCAGCAGCCAGAAUAGCAACGUGGCUCACAAUGGUUGGGACAUCCAGUUACCUGUGACCAAACUGUCUUAUGAUAAUGUUGGACAUGCCCCUUUUGUGUUUUUCCUCUUUUCACCUACUUUGCUACAAAUCAUGAUGCGGCUUUUGAUAGACCUGUUCAUGUUAAUUUCGCUAUCAGGAAAUCCUGCGCGUUCUUGUGAAAUUAAGUUUGAUCCUCCGAAGCUUGUGGUGAGAUUUGGAGAUCCUAUUCUUGCCAACUGCAGCGCCUCCUCCUGCAUCAAUGUGGAGGGAAUGGGUUGGGAGACUACAUACGGUGGAGGAGGCCUGAAAAACAAAGUUACUUCUUUACCUUUAAAUAUUCCCAAAGUGAAAGACUGGUAUCCAGAACCACUGUGUUAUAUCACCUUCAGUGAUGAACAGCAACAGAAAUUUGAAAUCCUCCCGAUCACAGUUUACCAAAUGCCAGCCAGUGUGAGUUUCAAUGAAAGCCAGUGGGGUCCCAUGGUGGAGGGCCGGCAGUAUUCCUUACAGUGUGAUGCUGUGGAUGUUAGACCAUCUGACAAACUGUCUGUGGUUUGGUACAAAGGAAACAAGAUAUACAAAGAACCAACAAAUUUUCUUAUAAAUAAUGUCAAUGCAACAUCAACGAUCCAAGUGGAAGCCAACAGAGAGGAUGAUGGAAGGGAUUUCUGGUGUGAGGUGAAACUGAACCUGUGGCCAGCAGGACAAGGUCCUCCUGUAGCUCGGUCAAAGCUGCGGAAAUUAACAGUAAAAUACCCACCGACUUUCGCGGAGCCUUCCAACGAGACCCUGGAAAUGACCCCUGAUACAAACCUSACUUUAAACUGCAAGGCUGCCGGAAACCCAAGUCCAUCGUACAGCUGGCGCUUUGCACCUACCACACAAGAGGCGACGCAGAAACAAGACGGGAUCGAGUCCAUUUUGACUCCUGAGGAGUCAGGGAUCUACAGCUGCACAGCCUCCAACGAGCUCGGCCAAACAACCAAACAUUUCACCGUCCUCCAAGCUGAAAGAGACCGAACCACCUUCGCAGCCAUACUGGGAGGAUUUAUCGGCCUGGGAGCCGUUCUCUUCAUCGCUGGACUUGUUUUUGUUACAUCGAAAGGAACGUUUGCUUUGCCCCAACCAUCAGGAAGUCAGCUGGGAGGGAACCCUGUUUUGUUCCAACAUAGCUCCCUGCAGAGUUGCCAAGGUUGUUCAAGUUGGAAUUUUCUCUCUUUCGACGGCUCAGUGCAGGAAAAAAUAUAUACCAUGGGAAACAACUUUCUGACAGGGAUUGUGGUGUUUUGCAUGUUUUGUUCAGUGUCGGGUGAAGGUUGCUCCCUGAUCCUCAAGCCCUCCAGGGUGGUGGUGGGCUUCGGGGAGUCUGUGUCGGUCAGCUGUGAGGCUACGCGCCCCGUUCGCGUUCUGGGCUGGGAGUCGGCCCUCAGCGCUCCGCAGACGCACGAGGACCGGUCCGUCCAGUGGAGGGUGGACAGCCUCAUCGACUGGAUUGAGGAGCCCAUCUGCUACGGGGUGUUUUUCACAGCUCCCAGACAGUGUGAGGAGAAACUCAACCUAGUUCUUUACAAAACCCCGGACAGCGUUUCCAUCCGGCUGGUGAACCACACUGGGCCCAUGGUGGAGGGGAAAGAGUAUCAGCUGCUCUGUGAGGUUCAGAAUAUCGCUCCGGUUCAGUUUCUCACCCUGAGGUGGUACAGAGGGCAGACUGAGGUUUACAAACACUCCUUUUCUGACCUCACGUCUUCCUCGCCCGUCCAAGUGUCCUCGACUCUUGUCAUCACGCCGACCAAAGCUGAGAAUGAUGCCGAGUAUAAGUGUGUGGCAGAGCUGGAGCUUGGACCCGAGGGACCGCAGCCACCGCCUACUGUAGCCUCAGAGCCUCUCACGGCAUCUGUGUACUGUCCUCCAACAUUCUUCAGUCCUGAAACAGAAGUUUUUGAAUUAAUACCAGGUGAAGAAAUCACMCUGAACUGCACGGCUGCAGGAAACCCCACACCUGCAUACAGCUGGCAAUCCUCCCAGCCUAUACAGGAGAAAAUGAGGGAGGAAGCAGUUGUCACUUCCUCCUCAUUGCUCCCAGGAACCUACACCUGCACUGCCUCUAAUAUGCUGGAAAAAAAGAGCAAACAGUUCAUUGUCAAAGCAAAGACCAAAGCGGUUUGAGGCCCGCAAACUUGAGAAGAACCAGCUGGGAGAAUUUCACUGUGCAAAUGUUACUGUUGCUGCCUCGAAGAAGGAAAGACAUUUGAUAUGCUGUGGAGGUUUUGAUGGAUCACGCUUUCAUCAAGAGUUAGAUCUCAGAGAACAAAAAGAACUGAAAAUGUUACGUUGGUCAUUUAAUGUGAAAGUUUGUUUAGGCCAUAGUGUACUUUUUACACUUUCCAUGUGAUAAUCUUCCUCUAAUUUAUAUAUUUUUUACUAAACUUAUUUUUCCACUAACUUUGUAACAUAACAAAAGUGUAAUUACUCAUUAUUACAAUGACUAGUAGUGAGAAGUUACUGUAAAUAUGAGCUGUUUCUUAAUUUUCUUUACUUUAUAAAUGAAAUUUAAAUGGGAAAAUGUGUUUUUUCAUUAAUUGCUGAUCAAUUUUUUUUUAAGGGUUAAUAGCAUCUUGACAUGAUUUGUCAAAACACUUCUGC